UUGCAGCAGAAUUUACGCGCCGCUUCAACCCUGAACCAAGCCCUCGCCGCCAACGCCGCCUUGCCGCUGACACCGAGGAGCAGCAUCGCGGCGGCGGUGGUAGUGGUAGUGGUAGGCUGGUCCAUAGGAGUCCCUGUGCAUGGCGCGGGUGUUGGCGGCGCUCAGGCCGAUAGUGCAAUACUCCAUCGGCGGCACCCUCGUCGGCCUCGCCAUCUCCGACCGCUACUUCUCCCUCGCCGCCGUCCACGGCUCCUCCAUGCACCCCACCUUCGAGGACAGGACAGGUGAAUACGCGCUCGUGCAGCGGUCCGACCUCGCACGCUACGACCUCUCCCGCGGCGAAGUCGUCACCUUCGUGUCGCCGGUGGACCACCGAAUCAGGCUGGUCAAGAGGCUCAUCGGGAUGCCCGGCGACUGGAUCAGUGUCCCGGAGACGGCGGAGAUCCGGAAAGUACCGGAGGGGCACUGCUGGCUCGAAGGGGACAACGGCAGCGUCAGCUGGGACUCAAGAGUCUACGGCCCUAUUCCUCUUGGCCUAGUGCAGGGGAGGGUUACACACGUGGUGUGGCCGCCUCACAAAAUUGGCCGAGUCAACAAGAGGCUGCCAGAAGGAAGGGUCAUGCCGCAGCGACACUUUUAGCCUCUCUUCUUGGUCGGUUGUCCUGCAGUUUUGUUUUCUCCAUUGUAGUGCAUGUAACAUUAAUGGCAAAAGCCUCUCAACUGAUGAAGGUAGCAAAGUAGAGGACAGGACAAUACUGUCGUUGAGAACUUCUCGAAUUGUACUGACACAUGCCCGUUUCAGGGUCGCUUCUGCACUUGAAGUGGUUGAACCUC